AUGAACAACACCGAACAGUCAUUUGUUAAAGACGACGGCAUAUCUGUGGAAGCGCUGCCCCUCCGUCAGGUUGAUAUGGACGACAACCUGCGCAUCUGGCGUAGCUUCCAGUUCGGCGACCUCUUUAACCUCAUCAUGCUCGACACCCGAAACUACGAUCGCUCCAUCACCGACCUAUACUGGAACACAGGCUACAUUCAUACCAUUAGUGAUGAUACCAGCCGCUCGCUGAUGGGUUCUCGCCAAGAGAACUGGUUCUAUCGUCAGCUCAAAGAGUCAGCCUCGACAACACGAUGGCGUGUCGUUGGUAACCAGGUGGUCUUCAGCAAGAUGAACCAGAGCAUUUCCAAUGGACCCAAGAACCCGUUCAACUACGACCAGUGGGACGGUUACGCUGCUAACCGAAACCGGACGCUCAAGACGCUCUAUGAUAACAGGAUCGACAACACAGUGUUCUUGGCCGGCGAUAGUCAUGCAUCAUGGGUCAGUGAUCUUGUCUGGCUUGGUGAAAAGGACUACAAUUCGGAGACUGGGGCCGGCUCCAUCGGGGUUGAGUUCGCCGGCACAGCCGUCACCUCGCCCUCAUCGGCGGGUCAGAACAUCACCCAAGAGAAAGCUCUCAAAAGAAGCGCUUGGAUGACAGCUGCGAACCCAGAGCUGCAGUGGCAGGAGUAUUACUACCGCGGCUACUUUGAGAUGACCAUCGACUACGACGCAGUCAACGCUACCUUCUUUGGGUUGCCCACUUACGCCACGAGGAAUGGACUCGAGAUCGCGCUGGCAAAUUUCACGGUCCUUGCUGGGCAGAACAAGCUACGGCGCCCUGUUGGUGGAGGCAGCGUGGAGUUCGGGAACCUGAAGGGCGGCGUCACGAAGCAGACUAACUUGACCAAUGACACCAACACUGGAGAAUGGUCCGUAAUUCAGAGUUCGAACUUAGGCUAG